GACGUGCCCGCCCUCCACUUGGCGCCCCAUCCCGCCUUGAUCUCCCCGGGGGCGCUCGGCUGCGCCCCCAGGAACUCGGGAGACGCCCACACGAGGCACAAAGGGACCGGCGGCAGCCACCCCUGCGUUACAGCCCCUGAAGGGGGGCCGCCCGGAGCCCCAGCGCUCGGUGCUGACGUCCUUGGGGUCCCUGCUGGACAGCGCUGGACGGCGGCUCUAGGGGUGCUGGGCACGUGCUCUCCAGCCCACGCCUGCCACGCCCUCUCCCACGCCCACUGCUGCGGGGACGCUCGGGCCAGCUGGGCUCACCCCCGGGGCUUGGGGUUUUUGGCUUCCUUCCAUGAGGUGAGCGGCAAAAUGCCGUGCCUCGGUUUCCCCUCGACCUGGCGCCGGCCGUGCCCCUGGAGCCCUGGGCUGAUGACUUGCCUUUCAGACAGCUCCUCUCGUGGACGCUCCAUACCCAGCAGGCAGUUUGCAGACUGACUCCUGAGGAGUAACCGAGGCAGCCUUCGCAAGGGGCAUGGCUGUCCAUGUCCUCCCUGUCUAGACGCAGUUGUAAAAACCUCAGCUCAGAGCAGCCAAUAUUUUUCAGCGCCUUUCCCCAGUUUGCUCGUGGGAUGGCCUUAUUUUAGCUUGUUGAAAAUCCUCUUCACAGCAGACGGGGUAACUGGGGCUCGGGAAGGUGAAGUGACUUGUCCGAGGUCCUCCAGGCUCAGCAGCUGAGGCAGGAACUUGGCCCGGGGUGCAGAGCUGGGUCGGGGGCAGCUCAGGUCCCUGCAUGGCUGCAGACUGUUGAAUCAGCAGCAGCAGCAGCAGCGGCGGACUCUGAACUCUCUGGAAAGCAGCGCCAGGAGAUAAGGCAGGCAGGGACCAGGCGCUCCCUGCAGGCCGCUGGGGCCUGGGCUCUGCGACUCCCUGUCCUCCCUUUCUUGCCUGUCAGGAGGAGGCAGGGGCCACAGCAGAGCUGGGACUGAUGUUGGCUGGUGACCUUGGACCAGGCGGGCCCCCACCGGGCAGCAGGGGGAGGAGGGCUGCUGGGCACCAGGGAAGUUGCUCCUCCUUGGUCUUAAGGGAGUGGGGAGACCUCAAGAUCAGUCCCUUCCGGCCUGUUUACUUGGCCAUGCUCUUGGCCAACUACCUGGGCGCUGAGGAGUAAACGCUUGAUUCCUCCUACAGGUAUUUGUGCACCUCCCACCUGGCAGCCCCUGGGGUUUAGAGGGGACCCCUGCCCUCCUGCGGCGGUGAAAUGACACCGCUGUGGAAUCAGAGGCCCAGAGAGGCCAGCAGCUUGCCCAGGGCCAUCCAGCCUGGAGACUGCAGAGCCGCCCCUUGAACCGAGCACACCGCCCCAGAACUGGCAGAAGGCAGCCUGCAAGGCCCGGCCACCAUGAAGCUGAACGAGCGCAGCCUGGCCUUCUACGCGACGUGCGACGCGCCGGUGGACCACGCGGGCUUCCUGCACAAGAAGGGCGGGCGGCACGCGGCCUCGCACCGCCGCUGGUUUGUGCUGCGCGGCAACAUGCUCUUCUACUUCGAGGGCCCGGGCAGCCGCGAGCCGCUGGGCGUCAUCGUGCUGGAGGGCUGCACGGUGGAGCUGGUGGAGGCGGCCGAGGAGUUCGCCUUCGCCGUGCGCUUCGCGGGGGCGCGCGCGCGCUGCUAUGCGCUGGCGGCCGAGAGCCAGGCGGCGCUGGAGGCCUGGGUGAAGGCGCUGUCGCGCGCCAGCUUCCACUACCUGCGCCUGGUGGUGCGCGAGCUGUGCGGGCCCGGCCGUGGGCGGGACGGGGCCGGGCCGCACCCUUUCCUGGCCUGACCUUCGGCUCCCGCACCUGCCCCACGCCGGCCCGCCCAGUGACCCGGCCGGGCGCAGGUUCGUGUGUGAGCAGCUAGCUCCCUGCUCCCCAGGGCUCCUGGGCCGGAACAGCCAAGGAAGGACUUUGGCCAGGCUGGAGCCCUGCUCGCGGCUCAGCCCUGCCGGCCUCGUCCUGUGUCACCUGCCCGGCCUGGGGCGGGGCUCCGGGAGCUUCACGCCCACACCGACUUCGUGCCCUUCCGCAGCUCAGGGGGCGCCCAGGCGCCGCCCCAGGGGCCGAGGAGAGAAGGCGACUGCGGCGCUGCGUCGGGCUUCCCGAACCCCCCUCCAGCGCCUGCCUGUCACCUUCCUCACGCCCCAGUCGUCCCCUGGGGACACCGGAUCGCCGUCUCCAGCCUGGCGCAAGCUUCUCACUCACCACAGUGCCCGACAACUCUUCAACCAGGAUGAAUCCCAGGGAGCUGGGACAGCCCUGGGUCGUGUUUACAGUCCUCGGUGGCCCGCACUGGGGACCCCUCCACCCCACCUAGACCUGUUUCUGAGGCCUCGGGGUUUCUGUCCUCAGCUCCCUGCUGGCUCGGCGGGCUGGGGCUUGGCUGAGAAGUCUGUUUUUCAGUAUGUAGGGUGUACUUGUUCCUGGCAGCAGGGCUGGGUGUUUCCACUGCUCCUCUCCCUCCUGGGUGCUGGCUGGCAGGGAUGGUGCCCUGGCCAUCCGGGUUGGCUGUGUGGCGACGCAGCAGCCCCGACGCUCGGAGCUGCACCCGCACCCGCACCCGCACCCGCAGGGGCCGGGCUCCCCUGGUGGCGUCGUCUUCCCCCAGCCCAGCCUCCUACCCAGUGGAGGCUGCCGGGGUCUGGUAUGGUCCCCAGCCCCUCUCCCAGCCCAGUGUGGGUGGCCGUGGCAGCUCUUGUCCAGGGACUCAGGGGCAUGGGAGGCUGUAGCCAGGCGGAGCGCAGGACCGAGCUUUGAGGCGACAUGGUGACCCCAGGCUCGUGCAGGUUUACCCACUCCAAAGGUACGGAAGGCCUCAUCUCCCGGGUGGAGGUGGGAAUGCGCCCUCCUGCCAGCGCAGGACAGAGUCAUGCCGCCUCUGCUGGCAGCCAGGGAGGGGGUGCAAGGGCUGAAAUAAACAAGUUUGUGAAGCGA